AUGGCAUCCAACGUCGCAAAUGCCCAGCCUGAUCCCAAUGAGGCUCCAAUUCUAGCAGCCAAAAUCGCAGCCGAUCCUCCAUACUACCAAAUCUAUGAUAGUCGUGAGGAGAUGCUCAAGGCCGUCAAAGAACAUGCGAUUUCCAAAGGCUUCGUCAUUGUAAUUAAAAGAUCAAGCCCGGAGAGGAACAUCUAUAUUGGAUGUGACCGGGGUGGUGUUUACAAAGAUCGGAUCCAGGCACCAGAUGGACAAAAGCGCAGAAAGACCAACACGAGACAAACCGGAUGCAACUUUCGAUUAUAUGCAAAGAAAUCCACUCUUCAAAGCUCCGAUGGCAAAUGGCAUAUCAAAGUGCUCAAUGGUGAGCAUAACCAUGACCCGGAGCAGACUCUCCUCGAACAUCCAGGCGCACGCGUCAUCACGCCCGACCAGAAAAAAAUGAUCAACUUCCUAGUUUCGGAGAAUAUGCCGCCGCGCAAAAUUAUUGCCGCGCUCAAGCAGGGGUAUCCUGAUCUUUUGAUCAUUCCAAGAGAUAUCUACAAUCUCAAGAUGGCCUGGGCACGCGAAGAAAAGCUGAAACGUGAGGCUGAGUUGCCGGAGGCGCGUGCCAAGCGUCACAAGCUCGAGCAACUUGCCAUUCAGCAUCGUGAACAAAAAGAAGAGCUUGAGCGUGAACAAAAAGAACAGCGGGAUAAGCUCGAGAAAGAGCAACAAGAGCAGCGUGACCAGGUAGAAAAGUCGAGUGACCUUGAACCACGCGGCCAGCUCGAACAGCGUGGGCAGUUUGAACAAAGCGAGCAGCUUGAGCAACUUCAACAGCUCCAACAACUUCAACAAUUCGAACAACUUGAAGAAUUGGCUAAUCAUGUGCGGGGAAGAGUAUGA